ACCCAUUAUUCUAUUUUCUUUUUCUUUUAACCUUUUCUUCACGUUUUGCGCGCAAAGCGUUUCUCCUUCAGUUUAACGCGUUAGGUUUUUCGCAAUGGAUCUCCCUGAUUCGCCCUCUUCAAAUCCCAUGGAUUCGCCCGUCUCCGGACUGCGUGUGAGGCAUCACCGGGAGCUCGAAAAUUUAACACUUACGACGAGGCCGGUAAAGACAUUAAAGUAUUUCACUGUAGCAAUUGGUCGGUAUUUUCGGCAAUUUAUGGCAACUGGUGGUUCGUUUGUGCUGUUUAUUAUGCUAGCGGGAGGUCUAGGAAUUGCUACUAUGACAAUUGGCGGACCACAUGAAAAGCACAUGCAGGAGCUUUUCCGUUAUCUGCAAUUUGGACUCUGGUGGCUGGCUCUUGGUGUCGCAUCAUCAAUUGGUCUCGGAUCUGGUUUACACACAUUUGUACUGUAUUUGGGCCCUCAUAUAGCUCUGUUUACCAUGAAAGCCGUGCAGUGUGGCAGAGUUGACUUAAAAAUUGCCCCAUAUGAUACCGUUCAAUUGAAAACGGGUCCUUCAUGGAUGGAUAGAAACUGCUCUGAAUAUGGUCCCCCACUAUUUUCAUCCCAGCAAGGUUCAAGGCUCCCACUUAGCAGCAUACUGCCUCAGGUUCAGUUAGAGGCUAUUCUGUGGGGAAUUGGAACUGCACUGGGAGAGCUUCCUCCAUUUUUCAUAUCAAGAGCUGCUCGUAUAGCAGGGAGUGAAUUGGAAGUAAUGAAAGAAUUGGAUUCUUCUUCAACUGAAGAUGGUGGAGUUGUAGCUAAUCACGUGAACCGGAUCAAACUAUGGCUUCUUUCACAUUCACAGUAUCUGAACUUUUUAACGAUAUUAGUUCUUGCUUCGGUACCCAACCCUCUAUUUGACCUUGCUGGUAUAAUGUGUGGACAAUUUGGCAUUCCAUUUUGGACAUUCUUUAUCUCAACAGUGAUUGGAAAGGCAUUUAUCAAGACUCACAUACAGACCAUUUUCCUCAUCUCAGUUUGCAACAAUCAACUUCUUGACUUGGUAGAAAAUAAAUUGAUUCGGUUGCUCAGCAUUUUCCCUGGAUUUGGUUUGAUUGCGCCCAAACUGAUUGCCAAACUACAUAUUUUGAAAGAGAAGUAUAUGGAUGGCUCUCCUUCAGUUAUCUCAAACAGCGAGGUGAAAAAGUGGAACUUCUCUAUUGGUGCAAUUUGGAAUACUGUUGUGUGGCUCAUGCUCAUCAACUUUUUCAUCAAGAUUGUGUCGGCAACUGCACAAACCGUUCUCAAGGAAGAACAUGAAAAGGAGUUGACUGCAUUGACGAACAAUGUACAGGCAUCAGAUCUCGGCAAGGUUGUGUCAACAACUGCACAAAACGUUCUCAAGGAAGAGCAGAAAAAGGAGUUGACUGCAAAGCAACUGGCUGACGAACAAUGAACAGGCAUCAGAACUCGGAAAAGCAACUGAUUGAAUUAUUCUGAAGGUCGUUCAGAUCCAAUUAUCUUUUCUUCCUAAUAUUCAUAGCUUUGGAUUGUAGUGGCAGAAAGUUUUUAUCUCUGCUAUGAUUAUAUCCACCAAAGCUCAACAUCUGCUUCUCUGUUUCAUUUUGUACAUAAAACGCACCUGCAAUGAAACAGGAGGUGGUAUUGUAGAAGUAUCUACAUGUCUUUUAGGGGAUGCUAUCACUUUUAAAUUAUAUCGAUUCUUGGCCCUUGUAUCUUACAUUUGCCCAUCCUGGGAUAUGCAAUGGAAUAAUAUCCAUUCUAGACAUUCAUUUAUACAUUAGAUGCAAUCUUACUCGGAAAA